CAUGACCCCAUAGGUGAAUCAUCAAGGAUCGCAUCAGCCGCUUCGGUGUUCGUCUACGGUCUGAUCCCUCAGAUAUUCGCCUACGCAGUCAAUUUCCCUAUUCAGAAAUUCUUGCAAGCACAGAGUAUUGUGGCCCCCAGUGCUUAUAUAUCAACGGUGACACUGUUUCUGCAUAUGUUACUAAGCUGGGUUGCGGUGUACAAGAUCGGGCUUGGUUUGUUUGGGGCUUCGUUGUUUCUAAGUUUGUCGUGGUGGGUUAUGGUGGUGGCUCAGUUUGUUUAUAUAGUGAAGAGUGAGAAGUGUGAGAAGACUUGGACUGGGUUUUCAAUGGAAGCUUUCUCUGGACUUUUUGAUUUUUUUAAGCUAUCGGCGUCGUCGGCGGUGAUGUUGUGUUUGGAGAUUUGGUAUUUUCAGAUACUGGUUUUGCUUGCUGGGUUGUUGAAGAACCCUCAGUUGUCUUUGGAUUCUCUCUCUAUCUGGGAUUGA